GAGAGUUUGGUUGUUGUAGUUCUCCAGUGAAACCAAGAGGCGUGCACAUUAUAUUAUUUUACCGAUGUAGUGUAAGGUAAGCAUAGCUCAAGGUAUUGACGGAUGGUUAACUUCUUCGCGGUCUGAAGCAAAAACUUGGAGGGGAAGCAACUUUCAGCACAGAGAAGGAAAAAAACAAAACACUAGAGGACAGCUCAAAAAAAAAUCUACAGCACACAGCCAUGAAGGACAAAGUGAGGAGAGGGGGAGGAAGACAUCAGGCCAAGACUGAUGCCAUCGGCCUGACUGGUGGAAAGGAUGCCGUUGGUAUGAAGCAAGAUGAGGACACAUCAUUCCCUGUAAAGAUCCAGGGGGCAGGAGUAGAGCCAUUUGAGCUGCAGGUCCAUGGAUUUUGGCUUGUUCAGGAUGCAGUAAUGAAUCUGCUUUCAAGGGAGGAAGUGUGCCCACGUUCCAACUUGUCACUGGCAUUUGCUGGCACGACUCUGGACCCCCUGGCAGAACUACAAAGCCUCAAAGGUCUUAAACCAGGGGCCAUCCUCCGCCUGGUGGAAGAACCCUACACUGCCCGCUCAGCCCGGCUCCAUCUGGCUCGUGUGCUGGAGCUGCUGAGAGCAUCUGGACCUCAGGAUGCACUGAGAGAAGGACGCUCACCAAGCAUCCUGGAGACACUCACACAUACACAAACACCAGACCCUAGCUCACCCAAUGGAAAGAGCCUGAAACGCUCUUUAAGCAACACGAAAACAGAAGCAACCAACCAGGAUGGAGGUCCUCCUGAGUACCUCCUCCCUGGUUCCUCAGAGAGGCCACUCUCUGCCGUGCUACCACAGAGCUCCCAACCUGAGACGCCCAGCUACUUGAAGGACUUGUCUCUCAGCUGCUGGAACCCUCCACCAGGACACAGAAAGCUGCAGGGUGACUUCUUGUACAUCACUGUGGUGACAGUGGAGGGACGACGGUUUAACAUCACAUCCUGUCCAAAAGGUUUCUUUCUCAAUAGGUCUACAGAAGAUGUGUUUGAUCCUCGUCCUGCACAGUCUUCCCCAGUUUGUCACAGUUUCACUGACGUACUCUGCCACAUCAGUCCUGCCUUCAAACAAACUUUUAGCAGACUCAAAAACAGAACUCUGUUACCUCCAGUAGAAGUGCUGCCCACUCCUUACCACACACUAAGCUGGCUCGGGCCUCCCUGUGCGUCUCGCACUCACAAAAAAACCUUCAGCAGACUGGGAGUGGAUGAGCAGCCGGAGACACAGGCUCCAGACUGGAAUGAGGAGUUGCAAGCAGCCAGAGAUCUUCCACUUGGCAGUCUGGAGGAGAGGCUGCAGAGAGACAGGGCUCUGCUCCAGGUAAACAGUGCAUUUGUCAAGGCUGUGUCGCAGGGGGCUGAGACUGUUGUAGACGGCUUUGUUGAGCCAGUGAAUGGAACACCUGAAGACCCAGCUUUCCUGUGGGGUGGACUGUUCAUGAGCCAGGGGGCAGCAAGUGCAGUGUUUGGUGGGGAAAGGGGUCGCAGGGCUGCUCAGAGGCUGGAGCUUAAAGGAGUACAGGCCUACAGUAACAUCGAGGGGCUACAGGGGCUGCACACUCUACCUACAGCCAUUGUAGACUACAGAGGAGUGCGCCUGUCUGCUCAGGGUCUGGCCCCAGGCUUGGAAGGCUCAGAGCAGGACCAGGGAACUGCUCCUGCCUCAAGAGGCUUGAUGUACGGGGUAAAUGCAGGACCUCAAGAAUCCCCCCAUCGCAGACGACUACUAGAACUCUUGGCUCAAGCUGCCAAGUCUCUUUGUCUCCAGAGACAUGUUGUUGUGACGUCCAACAGUCACCAGGUACCACUGUUCACCUCAGUGGAUGCUCAGGGACUGCUGGGGGCUGAUGGGAGGUUCUACAUACUGGAUGUGUUCAGGACCUUCCCAGCUGAUGCCAACUUCUGUCCAGAGGGGGAGACAGAAAGUCAGUCAGUCACCGGAGAAGAGGAGAGUAAUAAAAGCUGUGAGGAGGACGAGGAGAAGAAGGGCUGUGUAAAAGAAGGCUGGCCAGAGAAUUAUCACUCAGACUCUGGGCUGCCAAAGAGUUUUGUUCAUGGACUUUGUAGACUGAAGCCAGAGCUGGUUCUGGCCUUUAUCCAGCACAAACACUGCCAGUUCACUCAGCGUGUCAGGGAGAUGUUGGACGAGAAUGGAGGCUUUGAAGAAUGUGCAACAGCUGGUGACUCUCGAGCCACUGAGGCCGUACGAGCUGCCUGUAAAGAAGUGGGCUCAGUUAGCAACAUCAUCUUUGAGAUGCGCUUCAACUCAAGCGUCUUCUCUCCAGGAGUGUCCUUCCCUCCUGGUGAAAGUAAGUCAACAAAGCUGCAGGAGAGGUUACUGAGGGAAGCUGCAGCUUUCAUCAUCACACACCAGAUACCAGCCUUUGUGGAGUAUUGUCUACAAAGCAACGAGGCAGCAAUGGAUGGAGCUUCUUUAAAACAGGGGCUACACCAGAGAGGCAUUAACCUCCGGUAUCUGGGCCAUGUGAUUAAGGCCAUCAGCCAGUCAGAACACAAGGAGCGCCUGAGGCAUAUAAUGAGACUGGUCAUAGGAGAAAUUUUCAUCCGCUCAACAAGACGAGUGUUCAACAGUUUCCUCCAGGGUGUGGAUGUGCCAAGUCUCUCUGCAGCUGUCAGUCACUUCCUCUGCUGCCUUUUGGUUCCCCACUUCACGCCCACGCCUGUGGGAGAGGACACUAAAAAGAAGUCAAGGCGGCGUGGCCGAGGGGCAGGGGCCUCUGAAAGCACGCCCUGGAGCACGCUCACAGGGGCUGAGCUGUGGAACCUGGUCUGCCAGGAUGCUGUUGAAACAUAUGACAUCUCUGACAGCCUCGGCUCCGGUCCGAGCCACCUGGUGGACCGCUAUGGCCUUCAGAAGCUCUCUUUACUUAGAGAGUUCUGUCUGAAGACUGGAGUGCAGUUGAGACUGAGAGACUACUUCCUCGACAACCAAAAUAAAGCUCCCAUUGGUCCAGACGACGUCCUCAACAUCUUCCCCAUCGUCAAGCACGUUCACAUGCCAACUGUGGAUGCUUCUACAGCACACCGUGCUGCACAGACCUCCAUUCAGAAAGGCCUGCUGGAUCAGGCCCAUGAGCACCUGAAAGAAGCAUCUUACCUGUUUGGUCGAGUGUGCGAUGACCUACACCCUGAGGCCUGUUACUGCCACAGCAUGUUAGCCAAGGUGGCCUUCAUGCAGGGGAAGGCAGCUGAGGCUCGCAGUGUGCAGCUGAAAGCAGUGGUCAUCAGUGAGAGAGUGCUCGGCUUUGACCAUCCAAACACCAUCCAGCAAUAUGCCCUCUUGGGUGUGUAUGUGUUUGCUGGUGGGGAGACUGCCCUGGCCCAGAAGUGUCUCCUCAGAGCUCGUCUGCUAGCGUUAACCAUCCACGGAGAGGACCAUCCCUACAUCGCAACACUGGAUAGCUGUCUUGGGUUGGUGCUAACAGGAGAUCAGGCAGGGCAGUACUUAAACAACGCCCUCAGACUCAACACUUCCUUCUUCGGCCCCACAAAUGUGCACACUGCAUUUAAUCAGCACCUGUUGGCCCAGUGGAUGUGUAGCAAGGGUGACUACCGAAGUGCUAUGACCCACGAGAAAGAGGCCCUCACUGCUUUUACCUCCUUGUUUGGAGUGGAUCACUCUCAGACAUGCUACAGCAAAGAGUUUCUGUGCACCAUAACCAAGCAAGCGGUGAAGGUGGAACGCUCUCUCAGACAGGCAGGAGCUGACUGCAUGGAGCAAUCAGUGGAGUGUCUAACUCCCACAACUGACACUUUGCUGGAGCAAAUGGUUCUGGUGACAGGGAUCAGGAGGAUUACAAAAAGUGACAGGUUUCAGGAGUACAAGAAGAAACACAUGGAACUAAAGGCAGCUGUGGCAAAAGAACUGGGAUUCAAUCUACCCAACGAGCCUGUCGUCUCAGAGACUGUGGACGGGGGAGAGAAAAGCUCAGAUCUAGAAACAGGAUGCGGGAAGGAAGCUGAGGCCGGAGGAAGCCCUGCAGUGGAGAAUACCAGCGAGGGCACACAGGAGCAGCCAGUGGAAGAGACCUUGGUGGAGGGGGCCGCCGUAGUUUCAGCUAACGGUCAUGUGGUGGAGACAGCCGAACAGAACCAGCACGAGGAGAAAACAGACCGUGAGAACGGUGACAGAGCAGCUUCAGAUACUGAGGUCAAGAUAGUGAAUGGGGAGUCAGAGGUCGGGGCUACAGGAGAGAAAACCGAGACUAGCACAGCCAAUGGGGAGAUAAAAUCUGAUGCAACAGCAGAUGGGAGGAAGUCAGGGUCAGAUAAGGUUAAUGGUGAAAUAAAUGGAGCAUUUGACAUCAACGCUAGCCCAACAGUCCUGAAGAGUAAGGGAACCUGGGCAGAUGUUGUUUCAAAAUCUGCUGUAGUCAAUGGAAAUAAAGACACAGCAGUCAAUGGAGUGGCAGAUAAUGUUGCUGCUAAUGGAGUAGCCGAGGAGUGAAAACAUAUCAAACUGAAAAACUGUUUUGUAGCCAACUUUUUCUGAGUCACUGCUGUAAGAUUGAACUCUCUCAGGAUCUUAGAUGUAAUUUGAUCCAAUGAACGUGAAGAAAUAACAGAGGGUCAGAUGAUGAGUAUUACUUUGUGUUGGAGAUGUUGUUGCUGAUGCUGGGAGAGGGCUGUAACUGUAGAGUGCUAUUUUCUUUUUUUCCUACAAUAAACUUUUUACUCUGGUUUA